UUAGAUUUCCCUGCAUCCCCCUUGCGGCUUGUCUCAGCUGGCCCCCACCUUUCUGACCCUGCUGUAAGGUCAGGCACUAACUUCCGGACCUUGAGCGGGAAGAAAGCAAGGAAACCACAGGGAAUGAGAAAGGAGAUGCCUGAGGGACCUUUGUCUGAGUUUCCAAGUGUCAGAGGAGUUCAGGACUGUCUGGCAUGGGGCCCUCCUCAACACCUCAAUUCAACAUUACCUACUCAAGGCAUGAAAUAAAAGGAAAUAGAUUUUAAGGAUGAAGGCUGCUCUUUUAGGCCCUGCUGAUGAAACCAUUUCAGGCAGAAUUGGAAUGGAGAAACCAGGCACUCAGCUCGGCGCAAGCAGGCGCCGCCUUCAGACCAGAGAACCUCUCCUCCCGUGCGGUGCAAGUGGGGCCUCUGCUUGAGGUCAGCAUUCUAGCUGCCCAGCGCUCCCUCUCUGGCACCUCGGAGAGGACUGUUGACCCGACAGGCCCGGGUCACGACCAGCUGCAGGCGAAUGAAGACUCGGGACGUGGUGAAACUGAACUAUAGCUCCCACGUUUACUCCGCCAGCUUCUGGAGUAACAAUGUCUCGAAAACGAGCUUGAGACUCAAGACCGUGAGGACCCAGAAAAGGCGGAGCACCGCCAGCCGCUUCUCUGUCCUAGAAGAGGCGCAGGGACACGAUGGUGGUGAAGUAGGUGCUGAGCCCGUCAGUGACGAAGAAAGGCACGAACGCCUUCCAUCAGGAGAGGCCUGGGACCAGGCCAUCCACACGCAGUGCCAGCAGGUGCACGAAGAUCUCAAAGGUAGCAAAGGCCAGCCACUGCACCAGCUUCCGGAGCGAGAAGAGCAUCGCGCCUGUUGAGUGCGGGCGGGGGCUGGCCGAGCGUGCCACCCACCGUGCUGCGUCUCUUCUCCCGGUAACCCCGGCCCAGGCCUGCCCCGGCUACUGAGAGCAGAGGCAGCGAGUGGCUGGUCAGCUCCGGCCUCGGCCCUGGUGUGCCCCUGAACUCAACACUGACCUCUCGCUGACACCCACCUCGCAAGGACUCCAUGAUCCUCUGGGUGCAGCCAGACCGGUACAAGCGCCAGUAGCUCCUCCGCCCGGCACGCCAUCCACAGCACGACACGCCAUCCAUCUCCCGACACGCCGUUGGCAGACCUGGCCUCCGCGGCCCACAUCGCCUCGACCCGCUUGCGCCCAGACUUUCUUCAAUAACAUCUGGAUACAUCAUUUAGAGAGAGCUUAUAGUUUCAUUACACCAUGUGUGGCAUUUGGGCCCUGUUUGGCAGUGAUGACUGCCUUUCUGUUCAGUGUCUGAGUGCUAUGAAGAUUGCACACAGGGGUCCAGAUGCAUUUCGUUUUGAGAAUGUCAAUGGAUACACCAACUGCUGCUUUGGAUUUCACCGGUUGGCAGUAGUGGACCCUCUGUAUGGAAUGCAGCCAAUUCGAGUGAGGAAAUAUCCGUAUUUGUGGCUCUGUUACAAUGGUGAGAUCUACAACCAUAGGAAGAUGCAACAGCAUUUUGGAUUUGAAUACCAGACCAACGUGGAUGGUGAGAUAAUUCUUCAUCUUUAUGACAAAGGCGGAAUUGAGCAAACAGUUUCUAUGUUGGAUGGUGUGUUUGCAUUUAUUCUACUGGAUACUGCCAGUAAGAAAGUUUUCCUGGGCAGAGAUACAUACGGAGUCAGACCUUUGUUUAAAACAAUGACAGAAGAUGGAUUUAUGGCUGUAUGUUCAGAAGCUAAAGGUCUUGUUACGUUGAAGCACGCUUCAACUCCCUUUUUAAAAGUGGAGCCUUUUCUUCCUGGACACUAUGAAGUUUUGGAUUUAAAGCCAAAUGGCAAAGUUGCGUCUGUGGAAAUGGUUAAAUAUCAUCACUGUCGGGAUGAACCCCUGCACGCCCUCUAUGACAAUGUGGAGAAACUCUUUCCAGGUUUUGAGAUAGAAACAGUGAAGAACAACAUCCGGAUCCUUUUUAAUAAUGCUGUAAAGAAGCGUUUGAUGACAGACAGGAGGAUUGGCUGCCUUUUAUCAGGGGGCUUGGACUCCAGCUUGGUUGCUGCCACGCUGUUGAAGCAGAUGAAAGAGGCCCAAGUACAGUAUCCUCUCCAGACAUUUGCAAUUGGCAUGGAAGACAGCCCCGAUUUACUGGCUGCAAGAAAGGUAGCAAAUCAUAUUGGAAGCGAGCAUCAUGAAGUCCUCUUCAACUCAGAGGAAGGCAUUCAGGCUCUCGAUGAAGUCAUAUUUUCUUUGGAAACUUACGAUAUUACAACAGUUCGUGCAUCAGUAGGUAUGUAUUUAAUUUCCAAGUAUAUUCGGAAGAACACAGAUAGCGUGGUGAUCUUCUCUGGAGAGGGAUCAGACGAACUUACGCAAGGUUACAUAUAUUUUCACAAGGCUCCUUCUCCGGAAAAAGCCGAGGAAGAGAGCGAGAGGCUCCUGAGGGAACUCUAUUUGUUUGAUGUUCUCCGCGCAGAUCGAACUACUGCUGCCCACGGCCUUGAACUGAGAGUCCCAUUUCUAGAUCAUCGGUUUUCUUCCUAUUAUUUGUCUCUGCCACCAGAAUUGAGAAUUCCAAAGAAUGGGAUAGAAAAACAUCUCCUGAGAGAGGCAUUUGAGGACUCCAAUCUAAUACCCAAAGAAAUUCUCUGGCGACCAAAAGAAGCCUUCAGUGAUGGCAUAACUUCAGUUAAGAAUUCGUGGUUCAAGAUUUUACAGGAAUACAUUGAACAUCAGGUUGAUGAUGCAAUGAUGGCAAAUGCAGCCCAGAAAUUUCCCUUCAAUACUCCCAAAACCAAAGAAGGAUAUUACUAUCGUCAAAUCUUUGAACGCCAUUACCCAGGCCGGGCUUACUGGCUGAGCCAUUACUGGAUGCCCAAGUGGAUCAAUGCCACUGACCCUUCCGCCCGCACGCUGACCCACUACAAGUCAGCUGCCAAAGCUUAGGUGCUCUUCGUGCUGUAAUUGUUGUUCUUGUUGUAUGGUACUAUGCAAAUAUUUCUUCUUCUUGUGUGAGUACUAUAUAUGAGUAGAUGGGGGAACAAUGAAAGUCAACUCAGCCUAACUUGAAAAAAAUAAAAGUCCUAAAUCUUAAA